AUGUCGACCCAACUCAUCUCCCAAAUCCGGACCAUCUCCCAACCACCCUCCUCUACCAUUCAGGCAGAUCAAGUGAGAUCGCACAUAGACUCCCAAUUCACCGACCUAGACCAACUGCUCUACCCACCUUCUGGACCUAGUAAGCGACGAAAGAGGAAUCUGGAGGAGGAGAUCCUAUAUUGGGAAGAAAGAGAGAGGAAAUCUGCUCUGGAGCUCGAAGCAACUACCAAGUCCCUUCCUAAGCAGAUAGAAGAUACCCAAGCAAGAUUGCAAACAUUACUAUCCUCAGCACAGGAACUAUCUUUACAGCGAUAUUCAAUCGCAGAUAACUUGGCUGAUUUGCUUUCCGAUAUAUCUGAUGGUAUUUCGCCUUCAAUAGAGGUUGACGAUAUACGAUACAAAGGUGAAAGUAUACUUGGGCAACUCGAGGUGCUUCAGAAUCAAUUGUGUAAAUUGGAAGCUGGUUUAGCGUGGGCAAAAGUGUUAGAACAAGUUGUCAUCCUCAGUGAGAAAACGUUGAACCCCCUCUCACACAAGCCUUCGCCUCUUGCUGCUCUACCAAAUUAUAGGCAGCUCAACGAUUUGGUGCAACGUCUAGAAGGAACUUUGCCCCCGGAAAUGGCUUUGAUGAAGGUCGUUAUCGAAGUGAAGGAGAGAACUUGGCAAGGACUAAAAGAUCUCAUGUCAGAGAAUCUAUUGAAAGCCUGUGAACCCCUCGGAUGGCCUAAGAAAGUGAUAUAUGAGAAUGUAUCUGCCGAAGGUAGACGAGCGUUCGAAACCGCUUACCAGGACCUAUUAUACCUCCAAGCAGAAGGGGAAGAUUUACAUGGCGAAGAAAGACCCUCACAUUGGUCAGCUGGUAAAGGACUUUAUCCAAUUCAGACAUUGAUCAAACCUAUAGCAUUGCGGUUCCAAUAUCAUUUCAUGGGUACAAAAGGUACCAAUCGAGUGGACAAGCCUGAAUGGGCAUUCGCCAAUAUUUUAGAUCAGAUAUACGAACAUCAAUCAUUCCUCUCCACCUACCUUCAACAACUAUCUUCUAAAUCUGGAUUUGAAGAUAUAGACAUCAAAUCUGAGUUCACUCUACUACUUUUCCCCAUUCUCUUGGGACUGCUAAGAGCGAGAAUACCGCCUUUACUCGAACAUCCUGCGUUGCUCGCUCAUACGAUAUACCAAACUGUCAUAUUCGAUGAGGCCGUCAGAGAAGGUGGAUUUGAGUUGGAUGCGACCUCGAUAUACGAAGGUCGAGAGUCGCCUCCUUGGGAGGGAUUGAGUGGUGUGGUGUUGAAGGAGAAUGAUUGGUUUGAAAAAUGGCUGUCGGGUGAAAAGAAAUUUGCUGAUACUCAACUUAACGAGAUUAUAUCGUCGACUGAAGCUUGGACGAUAAGCGAUGAAGUGAAUGAAGAGGGUGAAGGGGAAUCGAGUGGAGUGAAACCCACUGUCAGUGCUAGACAGGUGAAGGCUUUGAUAGAGCAGAUAACGGACCGCUACGCUCCCCUGCCAGAUCUCACAUACAAAUUACCCUUCUUACUCUCCGUCCAACUACCGAUUCUUCAAGCUUACCAGACCCGUAUAUCCGGGUCACUCGAUGCCUUCGAAACCCUGUCAUCAGCUUUCGUACGUGCUGUACCAGGCGCUCUGGCUGGUAAUACCAGAAGCGGUGUACAUAUCGAUCAAGCCAAGUUGACUUCCGGUAAGAAUGGUCUACAGAGGUUGAUGAAAGCUUGGUUAUCUGGUCAAUGGAUCCAGGAAGGAAUGACGAAGUGGGGUGAUGAGCUAUUCUUUGUCGAGGUAGCUUCGAACCUUGCGUCAUCACAGGCACUAAAAUACAAAUACUCCUCAGACCCCUUGCUCCCCUCUGCUCUGAAGCACGCCUCAUCUACUGAAGUCGAUCCUUCGACAUCGGUAUUUGAUGUGCUAAUCGAAAGGUAUGAUCAUCUCACCUCGAGAGCAGAAGAUAUGAUAGUGAGGUUGAUUACGGUGGAAACGGAGAAUGACCUGAAACAGCAUUUAACAAGAAAAUGGGAUCGACCCCCUUCUUUGGAGCCUACCGAACCAUCUCCACAUCUCUUAGCGGCACUCACAACCUACUCUUCUCAUCUCCGAUCAUUGACAUCGACUCAACCUCCUAUAGUCGUAUCUGGGUUAUACAGGAGGAUAGUAGAUCACCUGUCUAAUCACAUACUCCAGAGAGGUGUAUAUGCAGGAUGGUCCAAAUUCACUGAACAUGGUGGUAUAGAUUUACAACUAGAAGUGAAAGAAUGGAAAGAAGUUUCUUCCAACUCGCUUGGUGAAAAUUCGAUAAUCUCCGUCAAUACCUUCUGGAGGAAGCUUGAUGAUAUCUCAAAGAUAUUGGCUUUGCCUACUGGCGAAGCGAAGGAUAAGGUGACGUUUGCACAAGCUAUGGCUAGUGCAUGGGAUGGAGAAGAAGGUUUGAAGGUGUUUAACGAGAGAUUGGGAGUGGAUAUGGGUAGGGAGGAAUUGCAGAGUGUUUUAAGGAGAAGAGUGGAAUGUUGGAGGUAA